AUGACGACACAUCCCGAUAUGGCUUCUUCUUCUUCUGAGAUGACUUCUGUUGGCCUGGCUUUCCCGCGCAUGGCCUCCUCGGGCACGUCCUCAACACCAUUUCUGCCAAUACUGAAUGAUCCAAUACAGUUUCACUCCUCUCGAAAUCCGGGAACAUGUACUCUGAAGCCGGAUCAAUGUGUCCUAAAAAACAGCUACUGGGUAUUCUGGUACGAGGCGGAUCUGGUUUACUGCCUCCCCGUGGUAUAUCUUUUCGUAUCUGCCAUAGCAGUAUUUACCGUUGGUAGAUUCGCCUCGGACUUUGUUCCGGCCACCAUGAUGACCCAAAGAAAAUCCUGGCGCUGCUGCGUGUCGGCUGUUCGCUUCCUAUCUUACAAGAGUUGGCGAAUUGGUAGUUGGUACUCCCAGUCUCUCGGAGUCCUUCUCCUCGCGGCAAUCGGCGUCGUCUUUUUCUCAGCGCUGACCUUGGGACCCCAGCCGUACUACUGGCCAACUGACGCUCGCUAUGGAAACUCGCCUCCUAUCGCUACGCGGACUGGGUGGAUGGCUUUGGCUUGCAUGCCGUUUAUACUCGCCUUCGGGGCCAAAGCCAACAUGGUUACUGCAUUGACCGGUAUAUCAACCGAGAGACUAAACACAUGGCAUAGUUGGGUUAGCUGGGCGAUGCUGGUACUGGCCCUCAUCCACACAUUUCCUUUCAUCGUCUACCACCGUGACAAAGGCGAUUUGACCGCCGCCUUUCACACAGGAGGCGUAUGGCUGACCGGCGUGGUUGCCAUCAUCGCCCAAGCCUGGCUAACAUUCAUGUCCGUCUCGUGGAUUCGAAAUAAGUGGUACGAAUUCUUCAAGUCGACGCACUACUUCUUUGCAGCCGUCUUCUUGGUUUUCUUUUUCCUCCACUGUAGUUUCCGCCUGACAUCUUGGGACUACUUCAUUGCUGCUGGAGUCGUCUAUUUGAGUAGUCUGUUCUACGCUCUGGCCAGGACUGUAAAGCAUGGCAUUGGACGCGCUGCCAUCCUCCGUGUGAUGUCUCCCCAAUCGUUGCGCAUCACUGUCCCUACAAAUUCCAAGUGGAAGCCAGGCCAGCAUGCGUAUCUCCGUUUUCUGACAGGCGGUCUUCACUCCGUCACAGCGCACCCGUUACCAUAUGUUCAGCUCCUUUAA